AUGGUCGAGGACACUCUGGAAGUAUUUAUGAACAAUUUCUCUAUAGUAGGUGAUACUUUUGAUGACUGUUUGUUGAAUAUUAGCAAGGAAGUGCAAAGAUGUGAGGAAGCCAACUUGGUGCUGAACUGGGAGAAAUGCCACUUCAUGGUUAAAGAGGUCAUAGUUCUUGGAUAUAAAGUGUCACAAAAAGGAAUUGAAGUUGACAAGGUAAAGAUUGAGGUGAUUGAAAAAUUUCCUCACCCUAUUUUUGUUAAAGGUGUUCGAAGCUUCUUAGGACAUGCUGGAUUCUAUAGGUGUUUUAUCAAGGACUUCUCCAAAGUUGCAAACCCCAUGUGUAAUAUUUUGGAUAAUGAGGUGAAAUUCAUCUUUGAUGACGCCUGGAUAAAAUCCUUUGAAAUCCUAAAAGAGAAGCUGAUCUCAGUACUUGUAAUCAUUGGUCCAAACUGGGCAGAAGCAUUUGAAGUGUUAUGUGAUGCCAGUGGAACUGCAUUAGGUGUUGUAUUGGGUCAAACGCGCAACAAGAUGUUCCAUCCGAUUUACUAUGCUAGUAAGUCACUAAAUGGAGCAAAACAAAAUCACACAUUCACUGAACAUCAACUGUUAGCUAUAGUGUAUGUCUUUGAGAAAUUCAGAGCUUAUUUGCUGGGCACCAAAGUAAUAGUUCACACAGAUCAUGUUGCGCUGAGAUAUCUCAUGGCCAAGAAGGAUGCCAAACCAAAGUUAAUUAGAUGGGUAUUGCCUGCUACUCUUGAUCUCAUUCCAUGGAUUGCUGAUUUUGAUAAUUUCUUAGUUAGUGACUUGAUACCUGAUGGGCUGACUUAUCAGCAAAAUAAAAAGUUCUUAGAUGAUGUGGGUGGGCACCAUGGUGGAGCUCGCAUAACUCAUAAGAUAUUUAAAUGUGGGUACGAAGUUGUGAUGUAUACCAAAGAGCUUUUUGAUGUGUGGGGAGUUGAUUUUAUGGGCCCCUUUGUGAGUUCAUAUGGACAUAAGUAUAAUCUGGUAGCAGUGGACUAUGUAUCCAAAUGGAUAGAAGCUGUACCAUUACCUGAGAAUGAUGACAAGAGUGUUGCAGCAUUUCUAAAGAAGAACAUUGUUACAAGAUUUGGGACGCAUAGAGCUAUUAUUAGUGAUGGUGGUUAUCAUUUUUGUAACAAAGUAUUCAACGCACUUCUAACCAAAGUUCAUGGAGAACUUCACUGUCCGUGGUCCAGUCAACGGUCCAUGAAGGCAGCCGUGAACAUUACUUGCACAGUUUUCACGAAGGACUUUACGCACGUAGCAAUAAUGAGGACAAUUAAGGGGGGCAGUGCUGAAGAUGAAUACAUCUCUCAAGACAAAUCUCAGACGUUCUCUCUUGCAACCCAUACAGAACAGGAAACAAUAGCUAAACAAGAUGCUCAUCAGAGAGAGCUUGAUGAGAUACUCACAGAUUAA